ACACCUAUUGCUUGAUCGCCGUAUUGUCUGUCUUCAUCAUCAUCACACUGUCACUGCUGCACAGACCCAGAAACGCUACUUCUCAGCUCAUUUCACCCCUUCAAGAUGGACAGAUAAACACCGUUUACGCUGUCAGCCUGCAGAUCCGCCGAAAGAGAUGCUUCCCAGCCAUCGGUUGAUCCUCGCGUCGCUCCAGCUGUGUUUGUUGUUGUUGGUGGUGUCUUUUACCGAAGGCAGAAGUUUGAAAUGCCCUCCUGGAAAAGUGUGCUCAGUUCGGCCGCCUGUGGUUCUCAUUCCGGGAGAUCUUGGGAACCAGCUGGAAGCAAAACUAGACAAGCCCAGCGUUGUGCAUUAUAUCUGCUAUAAGAAGACCGAGGACUACUUCACACUGUGGCUCAACCUGGAGCUGCUGGUGCCGGUGGCCAUUGACUGCUGGAUUGAUAACAUGAGGUUACUGUAUAACCGUACCAAUCACCUCAGUGAACCUCCUCCAGGAGUGGACAUCAGAGUUCCUGGCUUCGGAGAGACCUACAGUCUGGAAUACCUGGAUCCCAGCAAACGGAGUGUGGGCAUGUACUUCUUCACUAUAGUGCAAUCUCUGGUUGACUGGGGUUACACCAGAAACGAUGAUGUUCGAGGUGCUCCUUAUGACUGGCGUAAAGCCCCAAAUGAGAAUAAGGAGUAUUUCUUGCGUCUGCAGCAGAUGAUUGAGGAGAUGGCUCAUAAGGCUGGAGGUCCUGUGGUUCUCAUUGCUCACAGUAUGGGGAACAUGUACACGCUUUAUUUCCUCAAUCACCAACCGCAGGCUUGGAAGGACCGAUACAUCAAGGCAUACGUGUCUCUGGGGCCUCCGUGGGCUGGAGUGGCCAAAACUCUGAGAGUUAUGGCAACAGGCGACAACAACCGCAUUCCUGUUAUCAGUCCCCUAAAAAUCCGCACCCAGCAGCGAACGGCCGUCUCCACCACCUGGCUCUUACCCUACGCCCACACCUGGCCCAAAGACAUGGUCCUGGUUUACACCCCAAACACCACCUACACUGUCCAGGACUAUCAGCGCUUCUUUAAAGACAUCGACUACGAGGAUGGCUGGGCCAUGAGGCAGGAUACUGAACCACUGGUUAGUGCACUUCAGCCCCCGGGCGUUCCUGUCCACUGUCUUUACGGCACAGGUAUUCCAACACCUCAGGGUUACAAUUACACAAACUUCCCAGAUACAGACCCGGCUGUUAUUAAUGGAGAUGGAGACGGAACGGUCAACCUGAUAAGCGCCAUACAAUGCAAACGCUGGAAAGGCCAACAAAAACAGGCCGUGGAGUGGCUGGAGCUGCCUGGAAAUGAGCAUGUCGCCAUGCUGUUGAACAGCACCACAGUUGACUAUAUCAAAAAAGUGUUGUUUUCACCAUGAUGACAUCGAGGCUUUACAGCUCCCCCUUCCUUAACCAAUGAAUUACCAUUCUGGUUUGCCAAAAGGACAGGAUGCAGUUCUGCUUUUUGGGUGGAUGUUCCUUGUGGUAAUUUGUUUAUUGUCAGGUUAUCAGUGUGACAAAUUGUACUCGUAAAAUGUUGGGCACAAUCAGCGUUUAUAGAAAUUAUUAAUGAAUUCAGAUCUCCAUUUAUUAUUAUUAUUAUUAUUAUUAUUAUAGAUUUAAAUGCACAUAUGUAUGUGGUUUAAUGUGAAGAAGCAAUUGACUGCCGUUAAUCCACUUUUUCCAAUUGCAUUUUAAGAUAUUGUCCGUUUUUAACCUUUUUUAACCUCCAAUAGAGUUUUUACCACAUUUCCAAAGGUGUUUCUAUCCAAAUCGUACUGAUUCUGCAGUAUUUCUGUUGACGCAAGUGCUUAUUUAUCAAGCUGUCUGUGACUAGUAUUGAUUUAUGUAUUUUUAUCAGUCGCUCUUGAAUGUAGUGAAAAAAAACAACUGCUGGAAAUCUCGUUGCUCAAUUUAUGUCAGCUUAACCUCAACGACUGCAAAUGUGACCCAUGAUGGGUUAACCAUCAAUACACGUGUACAAUUUCUUUGUUUUGUAAUUAUUUUUGUUAUUUGACAUGUACUUACCUCUUAAAUAUAAUGAACAAUGAAUUGCAAAGCAAUUUGUUUGCUGCCUAAUGCUACAAAUGAGGCUGUAAAACGAGUCGUUUUCAGGUACAACACUAACCGUGGGAAGUGAAACUACGUCUUUCAUUUUCAGGAUGUGGUGUGUUGUUCAUAAACGGGUCCGAUGGUAACAAUGCAGAGCUAACUGGCUAUCUGUUACUCACAAAAACAGAUGUUGCAUACAUGCCCUGGAUUAGUGAGAAAUCACCAUGUUGCAAUUAUGUACAAUAAAAUGCUCUUUACCAAAA